GAGGAAGCGCAACCGGCUUUCGGACCGGAAAGGAUGCAAACGUACAAACAAACGAAAAAGGCAACAAUGGACUCUGCCAACAAUACGCUUAUGCGACUCUUGUACUUGCACAAUGGUUGCGCUGUCGACAAUGGUUGCUAUUUAUCCGUCAAUGUGCUAUAAAAUGACCAUUGCGUCAAGAAAGCACCCCAUUCUGCUAUGCAGGCCAUCGACAUGAACGCCAUUUCCUCCGUUGUUUCUUUUCUUACCGACGCGCUUAUUCCUUUCUGUUCUCCCAUAACGGUCCAGAAAAUUCGCUUCCAGCUCAUGACAUCUCUCCGUUCAGUGCAAUCUCUGUCACUCAUCCCAUAUGUCCACCCCCCACGUCCCAUUUAUAAUGCUUGCCUCAUUACCGGCUUGCCGUGGGCCCAGUGGAUGCUCCUGCUCGGCAACCAGCCGAUCCAUAUAACCAUUACACCCCUUCACGUCUAUGCUCACGUUUCCACCCGCAUGAUUACCCUCUGGCAGGCGGAUGCUGACUUAAGUCCAACGAACAUUCCUUCCGUCGCUCGCCAGCGACCUUUGGCAAAACCCAAACCAUGCGUUCGCGCUCGUCUACCCAUUUGCGUACCUACCCUUCUGGACCUCAGUCUACCCGAGGCAGAGGCAGAUAUGGACUGUGACUCAGAUGCGGAGUCUACUGCGUCGUCAUCGUGUUUCUCCUCCGCAUCGGAUGAGUCGAUGACCUCUGUGUCGUCCAAGGGGUCCUCCAAGUCCCGCUCGAAGCCAUAUCUCCCCCGCCAGGCGCCAAUACCCAAGCGAGUCGUCACGACUUACCUCUAUAACGGUGGAUCUACCGGCGUUGCCACGGGUGGUGUUAUGCUUGGUCCUCGAGCUACCACCAAAAAGCCUUCACCUCGCGUCUUGCUUGGCCCAGAUGAUGACGACAGCUGGAGGCACCGUGUUUGAGCAGACGUUUUCUAUUCUAUCUCAGGACUGUAUAUUCUAUCCUCAUGACCUUUAUGCUACUCAUCAAGAUCCCUUGUGUAUCCAUAGCUUAUUCUACUUACCUUCAUAGCCUUGCAUAAAUGAUGUAGCCACCUUUUAUAUCCCAGUGAUAUUACUUUAGUUUUCCCAUAACAACGUUGAACUUCACUGCUAAAAAAAUCAAAACUCGUCGUUGCGAUACUGCUUGUACGUAUGGGAUGACAUAGCGGUGAUGCGGCGUUGGUCUCAUUCCCGUUUUUUAAAUUCUGGUCGUAGUGUCCAUCUCAGAUUAUUGCUGGACACACCACAAAUUUGAGAUGAUAGCGAAGUCAACAGCCAUUAACAGUCAAUGGCAAUGGGUUGCAGGUG